AUGCUCCGGAAUGGAAAUGAGGGAAUGUCCACAAUACCCGGAUUUAGUCAGAUCCAAUUCGAGGGAUUUUGUAGGUUCAUUAAUCAAGGCUUGGCAGAAGAACUUGAGAAGUUUCCAACAAUUAAAGAUCCAGAUCACGAAAUUGCAUUUCAAUUAUUUGCGAAAGGAUAUCAAUUGCUAGAACCUCCGAUAAAAGAAAGGGAUGCUGUGUAUGAAUCACUCACCUAUUCUUCCGAAUUAUACGUAUCCGCGCGAUUAAUUUUCGGUUUCGAUGUGCAAAAGCAAACCAUUUCUAUUGGAAACAUUCCUAUAAUGAAUUCCUUAGGAACCUUUAUAAUAAAUGGAAUAUACCGAAUUGUGAUCAAUCAAAUAUUGCUAAGUCCCGGUAUUUACUACCGCUCGGAAUUAGACCAUAAGGGAAUUUCUAUCUACACCGGGACUAUAAUAUCAGAUUGGGGAGGAAGAUCGGAAUUAGCAAUUGAUAAAAAAGAAAGGAUAUGGGCUCGCGUGAGUAGAAAACAAAAGAUAUCUAUUCUAGUUCUAUCAUCAGCUAUGGGUUCGAAUCUAAAAGAAAUUCUAGAUAAUGUUUCCUACCCUGAAAUUUUCUUGUCUUUCCCAAAUGCUAAGGAGAAGAAGAGGAUUGAGUCAAAAGAAAAAGCUAUUUUGGAGUUUUAUCAACAAUUUGCUUGUGUAGGCGGGGACCUGGUAUUUUCGGAAUCCUUAUGUGAGGAAUUACAAAAGAAAUUUUUUCAACAAAAAUGUGAAUUAGGAAGGAUUGGUCGACGAAAUAUGAAUCGAAGACUGAAUCUUGAUAUACCUCAGAACAGCACCUUCUUGUUACCGCGAGAUGUAUUGGCCGCUACGGAUCAUUUGAUUGGAAUGAAAUUUGGAACGGGUAUACUUGACGAUGACGAUAUGAAUCACUUGAAAAAUAAACGUAUUCGUUCGGUUGCGGAUCUGUUACAAGAUCAAUUCGGACUGGCUCUUGGUCGUUUACAACAUGCGGUUCAAAAAACUAUCCGUAGAGUAUUCAUACGUCAAUCGAAACCGACUCCACAAACUUUGGUAACUCCAACUUCAACCUCGAUUUUAUUAAUAACUACUUAUGAGACCUUCUUUGGUACAUACCCUUUAUCUCAAGUUUUUGAUCAAACCAAUCCAUUGACACAAACUGUUCAUGGGCGAAAAGUGAGUUGUUUGGGUCCUGGAGGAUUGACGGGGAGAACUGCAAGUUUUCGGAGCCGAGAUAUCCAUCCGAGCCACUAUGGGCGUAUUUGUCCAAUUGACACGUCCGAAGGAAUCAACGUUGGACUUACUGGAUCUUUAGCUAUUCAUGCGAGAAUUGAUCACUGGUGGGGAUCCGUAAAGAGUCCGUUUUAUGAAAUAUCUGAGAAAGCAAAAAACAAAAAAGAGAGACAGGUGGUUUAUUUAUCACCAAAUAGAGAUGAAUAUUAUAUGAUAGCAGCAGGAAAUUCUUUGUCCUUGAAUCGGGGUAUUCAGGAAGAACAGGUUGUUCCAGCUAGAUACCGUCAAGAAUUCCUGACUAUUGCAUGGGAACAGAUUCAUGUUAGAAGUAUUUUUCCUUUCCAAUAUUUUUCUAUUGGGGGUUCUCUCAUUCCUUUUAUUGAACAUAAUGAUGCGAAUCGAGCUUUAAUGAGUUCUAAUAUGCAGCGCCAAGCAGUUCCGCUUUCUCGGUCCGAGAAGUGCAUUGUUGGAACUGGAUUGGAACGCCAAACAGCUCUAGAUUCGAGGGUUUCUGUUAUAGCCGAACGCGAGGGAAAGAUCAUUUCUACUGAUAGUCACAAAAUCCUUUUAUCAAGUAGUGGGAAGACUAUAAGUAUUCCUUUAGUUACCCAUCGGCGCUCUAACAAAAAUACUUGUAUGCACCAAAAACCUCGGGUUCCGCGGGGUAAAUCCAUUAAAAAAGGACAAAUUUUAGCGGAGGGGGCUGCUACAGUUGGUGGGGAACUUGCUUUAGGAAAAAACGUAUUAGUAGCUUAUAUGCCAUGGGAAGGUUACAAUUUUGAAGACGCAGUAUUAAUUAGCGAACGUUUGGUAUAUGAGGAUAUUUAUACUUCUUUUCACAUCCGAAAAUAUGAAAUUCAGACGGAUACGACAAGCCAAGGCUCCGCUGAAAAAAUCACUAAAGAAAUACCACAUCUAGAAGAACAUUUACUCCGCAAUUUGGACAGAAAUGGAGUUGUGAAGUUGGGGUCCUGGGUAGAAACAGGCGAUAUUUUAGUAGGUAAAUUAACGCCUCAGAUAGCGAGCGAAUCGUCCUAUAUCGCGGAAGCUGGAUUAUUACGGGCCAUAUUUGGUCUUGAGGUAUCCACUUCAAAAGAAACUUCUCUCAAACUACCAAUAGGUGGAAGAGGGCGCGUUAUCGAUGUGAAAUGGAUCCAGAGGGAUCCCCUCGACAUAAUGGUUCGUGUAUAUAUUUUACAAAAACGCGAAAUCAAAGUUGGGGAUAAAGUAGCCGGAAGACACGGGAAUAAGGGGAUCAUUUCCAAAAUUUUGCCUAGGCAAGAUAUGCCCUAUUUGCAAGAUGGAACGCCUGUUGAUAUGGUUUUCAAUCCCUUAGGAGUACCCUCCCGAAUGAAUGUGGGACAAAUAUUUGAAAGCUCGCUCGGUUUAGCAGGGGAUCUGCUAAAGAAACAUUAUAGAAUAGCACCCUUUGAUGAGAGAUAUGAGCAAGAGGCUUCAAGAAAACUUGUGUUUUCAGAAUUAUAUGAAGCCAGUAAACAAACAAAAAAUCCGUGGGUAUUUGAACCCGAGUACCCGGGAAAAAGCAGAAUAUUUGAUGGAAGAACAGGAGACCCCUUCGAACAGCCUGUUCUAAUAGGGAAGUCCUAUAUCUUAAAAUUAAUUCAUCAAGUUGAUGAGAAAAUCCACGGACGCUCUACUGGGCCCUAUUCACUUGUUACACAACAACCCGUUAGAGGAAGAGCCAAGCAAGGGGGACAACGAAUAGGAGAAAUGGAAGUUUGGGCUUUAGAAGGAUUUGGUGUUGCUCAUAUUUUACAAGAGAUACUUACUUAUAAAUCUGAUCAUCUUAUAGCUCGCCAAGAAAUACUUAACGCUACGAUCUGGGGAAAACGAGUACCUAAUCACGAGGAUCCUCCAGAAUCUUUUCGAGUGCUCGUUCGAGAACUACGAUCUUUGGCUCUAGAACUGAACCAUUUUCUUGUAUCUCAGAAAAACUUCCAGGUUAAUAGGGAAGAAGUUUGA